UUAUAUUUGCAUAUUUCAGAGUAUAUAUCCUUGGGGUGUGCGUUUCUGCUUCAGUCCACCACUGCACCAAGACGAUAUAUUCAGCGCAAGUCAGUCAGACUCUGAUACUCUGCAAACAUGUCCGACAAGCCUGACCUGGAGGAGGUGACCAAAUUUGACAAGACCAAGCUGAAGAAGACUGAGACUCAGGAGAAAAAUCCAUUGCCAACGAAAGAGACCAUUGAGCAGGAGAAGAAGGCUGACUCGUGAAGACUGAAGUUCCACCAUGCACUGUACAUUCCACAAGCAUUGCCUUCUUUUUCACUUCUUUUUAGCUGUUUAACUUUGUAACUGAAAAACCUAAGUUGCAUUGUGAUUGGACGAAAGCAGAUGACUGUGCAGCACACCCCCCCCCCCCCCCCCCUUCACCCCCCAGUCCCCUUUACCCUCCUCCCAAUAGCCCUUAGCCCCUUCUUACAGCAAGGACGAAGGAAAACUACUGACUGUCUGUACAGAGAACCUGCCGCCAACCCUCAUCACGGCAUAGCUCCCCUCUGUGUUCUCCUUCCCCUCUCCAGACAUGUCGCCUGCUUCAAACGCCUCCGCAUGGCAAUAUGAGGAAGAGCACGGGCGUGGCCGACCAAUCGGAGGACUCGCACGCUCUCCACAUUAGUGUGACUUCUGGCGAAUUGUAAAAUGCUUACAAAUUGGGCAAUGUGUUUUGUUUUGUUUUUUUCCAUUUCAAUUCUUGGAAUGCACAUUUUGUUUUGAUAUGCAAAUAAAAAUGUAAAAACCCAUGA